CCGCGCGAAGCGUGUGUCUCAGCAGCCCAGGGCGCCGGAGAGGGAGCGGCCCCGACCUCGGGGCCACGGCCCUUGCUUCCUUUUCGUUGUCGCGAAACGCCGUGCGCCCCGUAACCGGGGCGAUGGGUGCCAACGAGGACCAGGAGAUGGAACUGGAGGCAUUACGCUCUAUUUAUGAAGGAGAUGAAAGUUUCCGGGAAUUAAGUCCAGUUUCAUUUCAAUACAGGAUAGGUGAAAAUGGGGAUCCCAAAGCCUUCCUCAUAGAGAUUUCCUGGACAGAAACCUAUCCGCAGACCCCUCCCAUCAUAUCCAUGAAUGCCUUUUUUAACAACACCAUAUCGUCAGACGUAAAACAGAGCAUACUAGCCAAGUUACAGGAGGCGGUGGAAGUCCACCUCGGGACGGCCAUGACCUACACGCUGUUUGAAUACGCCAAGGACAAUAAGGAGCAGUUCAUGGAGAACCAUCAUCCCGUUCAUUCUGCUACAUCCAUAAGCAAUAUCAUCUCAGUUGAAACUCCUAGCACAGCCCCAUCGAGCAAGAAAAAAGAUAAAAAGGAACAACUUUCAAAAGCCCAGAAACGUAAGCUGGCAGAUAAAACAGAUCACAAAGGAGAACUUCCUAGAGGAUGGAACUGGGUUGAUGUGGUGAAGCAUUUGAGCAAAACUGGCUCUAAAGACGAUGAAUAGCCCUUGGAAUCCGAGACAAGGGAAGAGCAUCCUUUAAUAAGUAAACGGGGUUCAAAAUCUUUCAUUACUCUUUUCUGGUAUUGAGGUGGCUUUUUAUAAAACAAUUGUUUUGUAUGUUUCUUAUGUAAAAAAAAAAUGUUUCAAGUUGAAAGUAAAGGAAUCUGGUUGUAUUAAAUUAUUUUCACAAACUUGCCUUAAUAAAAGGUGAAAAUGUUACUGUUUAGUAUAAUAUUUUAUGGAACCAAUUAUAAACGGACAAAUGCAAGGAAUUAUAAAUAAUCAAUGUCAAUUUAUGUGAUCUUAUUCCGGUGGAUAUGAUAUUUCUUAAAGGAGUUUUAAGCUCUUUUCAAAUUCUUAUCCCAAUGGAGAAUAUGAAUGAACAAUGUGUUCACAGUAUGAUCUGUAUUAAUAGGCUUCUCAUCUUUAAGUCUUUGUUCCUUCCUUCUUUUAAUUACUGAAGCAUAAAUUGCUUCAGAGAGAUUUAAAUACUAGUAUUUGAACUUUAUAUGUAAUAUUCUUUCCAGGUCCUUUUUAUUUUUCAAGGGUGAACUGCUUUUUAAGAAAUAUAUAUCUGUUAAUAUUUCUGAUUUGGGUAAUGAUGUUUGAUCCUGAGAGCUUUCAAUAAUAUGUGGAAUCAGAGAAAGGAAAAAAAAAAGAUCUGCCAAAUACUUUGGAAAAUAUUUGAAUAAAAGUGCUGGUUCCCAUUUAAACCAUUUCUCUUUGCUGCAUAUACCUAGAUGGGAGUAAAAGAUGCCUUAAUAUUUAAUUUUUAUAUUGUUAAAGACAGCGGUUUUAAUAAAUUCCUAUUUAUCCAU